AUGAAUUAUAUGAAAGCAUGGAGAAGUAAGGAGCGUGCACUCAACGAAUUACGAGGAAAUGCGAGGGAAUCUUACAACCUAAUACCAAGUUACUUGUACGUGCUACAAAAAACCAACCUUGGAACUAUAGUUGACAUUGAAAAAGGAGAAGAUGAUAGUUUGUUAUUUCUAUUCAUGGCCUUGAAUGCAUCUUUGAGAGGCUGGGCAAAAUGCAAACCUAUAAUAUUUGUUGAUGGCACUUUCUUGAAGUCUGCAUAUGGAGGAACGUUGCUCUCUGCUAGUGCACAGGAUGCAGGAGGUAAAAUAUUCCCACUUGCUUUUUGUAUAGCAGAUUCUGAGAACAAUAAGUCAUGGGAGUGGUUUUUCACAAAAUUGAGAGAAGCAUAUGGAGUUAGAGAAGACCAGUGUAUAAUAUCAGAUCGACAUGAAAGCAUAAUCAAAGCAACAAACAAAGUUUUCAUAGAAAUAACACAUGGCUACUGCAUGUUCCACCUGUUAAGCAACUUGAAAACAACCUACAAGAAACAUGCCAAGGAAUACAGUGUACCUUUCUUUGCUGCAGCAACCGCGUACACAGAAAAGAAAUUCGAAUAUCUUAUGAAGGAGCUUGACAAAUUUGAUAAGCGAAUAAGGCCUUAUUUGCAAAAAAAUUGGAUAUCAUAA